UGACAGCAGCCAGCAGCAUCCACUUCCAGCUGAUGCCACCUGAUGGCUGCGGCCAGGCGCUGUGCCACUUCAGGGGCCGGUGGUGCGGCAGCCGCGGCGGUGCUUGUGCGUGUCACGCACACGAAGCGUCCGGCCAAAGGCGCUUUUUGCCCAGCGCUUCCAGUGACUGCCGCGUGCGCUGCGCAGCGACUGGCAGAGCAGCAGCAGGCGCGGGGCUUGGCGCUGCGGGGCCGCGUACUGGGCUUCACCACCCCGGCGGUGCGGGACGUGGGGGGUGCCUCCUUGUGCCUCCGACUGGAGGAGCAAGAUGCAGGCACGGUAGGUUUGCAGCAAGGCGGCUACCUCUUGGCCUUGAAGCCCAUAGGCGGCGCUGGCUUUCUUCCCGCCAUCGCCGGCGUGCCUUGCCGGGAGGGUCUGGAUCGCUUCGGCGCUUCACGGCUCGGCCUGGCGGAGUGCAUGGUCCUCGCGAGGCCGCUGGCUGAGCCUUCGGGAGCCCCAGGCCAUCUCACUUUCUUGCACGAGCCCGUGCUGAGAGGCUGGAUCGCGGAAGGCAGCGUAGUGGAAGUCGUUCUGCUGGCGCGGCUGACGGACUUCUUUCUUGGCCUCUCGGGAGAAAUCUCGGGGGAUGGGUCAGCCUGCUUGAACGCCGGAACCUGGCUGCGAGUCCGCAUCAGCGACGGGGACCGGAAGGUUUGCGUGGCCUUGCCGAGGUCAUCUUUGGACGCAGAGCAGCGCAUGGACAAUUGGCUCAGAGGCGACAUCGCGGCCGCCGCCGCAAGGCACAGCGGAGUGGUGGAUGCCCGGGAGGGUCCGGGGGGGGAGAAGGUGAUGCUGUCCGAGCAGGAGGCCGGCUGA